CCGGUCCUGUGUGUGAAUAUAAAUUGUAAACAAGGCUUAAAGUUUUUAAAGUUUUUGAAGCAAGAGUAACAUAACUGUGUCCCCGAAGAACAUCUGAGAUGCGGCUGUGGAUUCACUGAUCAGACCUGAGCUGUUACGGGCAUUACUGUGCUGUUCGAGAGAUCAGCAAUUAGAAGUUUAGCCCUGAGAGUGUUAUCAGGUACUGAAAACCAUGUCGAAGGGACCUGCUGUUGGCAUUGACCUUGGCACCACCUACUCAUGUGUGGGCGUCUUUCAGCAUGGCAAAGUGGAAAUCAUUGCCAAUGACCAGGGGAAUCGGACCACGCCCAGCUAUGUGGCCUUUACAGACACAGAGAGGCUGAUUGGGGAUGCUGCCAAAAAUCAAGUUGCCAUGAAUCCCACCAAUACAGUGUUUGAUGCAAAAAGACUAAUUGGACGACGAUUUGACGAUGCAGUUGUUCAGUCAGAUAUGAAACACUGGCCAUUUAAAGUAAUAAAUGAUUCCUCAAGGCCUAAAGUUGAGGUUGAAUACAAAGGAGAGACCAAGGCGUUCUUUCCAGAAGAGAUCUCCUCAAUGGUGCUGGUAAAGAUGAAGGAGAUUGCAGAGGCUUACCUGGGAAAGACUAUCACAAACGCAGUCGUCACUGUACCUGCAUACUUCAACGACUCUCAGCGUCAGGCAACCAAAGAUGCAGGGACCAUAUCUGGACUCAACGUUCUCCGAAUCAUCAACGAACCAACUGCAGCCGCCAUCGCCUAUGGACUGGACAAGAAAGUGGGGGCGGAAAGAAACGUCCUGAUCUUCGAUCUCGGUGGUGGAACCUUUGACGUGUCCAUCCUCACUAUCGAAGAUGGAAUCUUUGAGGUGAAGUCCACCGCUGGUGACACCCACCUGGGUGGUGAGGAUUUUGACAACCGCAUGGUCAAUCAUUUCAUCACCGAGUUCAAGCGGAAGCACAAGAAAGACAUCAGCGACAACAAGAGGGCCGUGCGCCGGCUGCGUACUGCCUGCGAGAGGGCCAAGCGUACCCUGUCCUCCAGCACACAGGCCAGCAUCGAGAUCGACUCUCUGUAUGAGGGCAUUGACUUCUACACCUCCAUCACCAGGGCUCGCUUUGAAGAACUGAACGCUGACCUCUUCCGGGGCACCCUGGACCCUGUCGAGAAAGCAAUGCGCGAUGCAAAGCUUGACAAAGCCCAGGUCCACGAACUCGUCCUGGUCGGAGGUUCUACCCGUAUCCCCAAGAUCCAGAAGCUCCUGCAGGAUUUCUUUAACGGAAAAGAGCUCAACAAGAGCAUCAAUCCCGAUGAGGCUGUUGCAUACGGUGCAGCUGUCCAGGCUGCUAUUUUGUCAGGAGACAAAUCAGAGAAUGUUCAGGACCUGCUGCUGUUGGAUGUCACUCCUCUGUCACUGGGUAUUGAGACUGCUGGUGGAGUUAUGACCGUCCUGAUCAAGCGCAACACCACUAUUCCUACCAAGCAAACGCAGACGUUCACCACCUACUCAGACAAUCAGCCUGGUGUGCUCAUUCAGGUAUUCGAGGGUGAGAGAGCCAUGACCAAAGACAACAACCUUCUGGGAAAGUUUGAGCUGACCGGCAUUCCUCCUGCACCGCGCGGUGUUCCUCAGAUCGAGGUCACGUUCGACAUUGAUGCCAACGGCAUCAUGAACGUCUCCGCAGCGGACAAGAGCACCGGCAAGGAAAACAAGAUCACCAUCACCAAUGAUAAAGGUCGUCUCAGUAAGGAGGACAUUGAGCGCAUGGUCCAUGAGGCUGAGCAGUACAAAUCUGAGGACGAUGUCCAGAGGGACAAAGUGGCUGCCAAAAACGUGCUUGAGUCCUAUGCCUUUAACAUGAAGUCCACUGUUGAGGAUGAGAAACUGAAAGGAAAGAUCAGCGAUGAGGACAAGCAGAAGAUCCUAAAUAAGUGCAGUGAGGUUAUUAGCUGGCUGGACAAGAACCAGACUGCUGAGAAGGAAGAGUUCGAGCAUCAGCAGAAGGAGCUCGAGAAGGUCUGCAACCCCAUCGUCACCAAGCUGUACCAGGGUGCCGGUGGCAUGCCAGGUGGGAUGCCUGGCGGAUUCCCAGGCGGCGGUGCCGCACCCGGAGGAGGAGCUACUGGACCCACCAUUGAGGAAGUCGACUAAAGUCAACUAAACUCGAAUGUUCUGUUUGUUUUUUGCUUCAUUCCGUUUCCGUUUCACUCAUUGUUCACUUAUCACACCUUUACCUGCGAGGUGCUUACUGCGUAAUAAGACACCUUUUUUCUAACCGCUUUAUUUUGGGAAGCACGUUUAUAAUUCCAGUGUUACUAAAUGGGAAGCAGACGUGGCAUUUCUGUCUCACUAAUAAAUAAUACAAUAAAAGGUUUACUCUUUUGA